AUGACCUCCAACCAGGAGAGGUCCCCCCGCCUCCAACCAGGAGAGUCAGCCACCUCCAACCGCCGCGGCAGUUGGCAGUCCACACCGUCCAGUUCUCCAAAGAGCAAGAAGGCCUUCCUCAUGAGGGGCGGCUCGCUCUCCGCCCCCGAGAAGGAGAAAUCACCUAAUCCUGAACGGAAGAGCCGAACGCUGAAGGCGAGUGUGAAGAACCUGAUUCGGCUGGGUAAGCAGAGACCAGGGAGAGACGAUGCUCUGCUAUUGCCAGACGCGCACCACUCAUCGAACCCGGAACCAGCCGCCUUCUCUUGUCCGCCAAGGGCUCCCUCCCUCUCCUCUCUCUCCUCAGACAACGAAUCCAUCUCCUCCACGGCCGGAGACUAUGUGCCAAGUACCAGGAAACUGGCGAAACAGAACGCAGCGCUAAGUACAUUGCAAAGUGCCCUGAAAGCGCAGGAUUUCCAGGUUUGCGUGACAAUAAUCGAAGCGAGGCAACUGGCUGGCCUCAACAUGGACCCCGUUGUCUGUGUGCAAGUCGGCGAUGUCAAAAAGUACACCAGCGUCAAAGAAAGCACCAACUGUCCUUAUUAUAACGAA